GGUUCUUGAGGGGGUUUUAGCCUCUGGAGCGCGAAUAACGACAGUGUUCUCUGGGCCAUCGGCGGAACCAGCAAAAUUAGCGGAAUCUAUAGAGAAAUCGGGCGAUAAGCGGCGCGGCCCCAAGUGCAAUAAUCAAUAAACGUGCUGUGCAAACUUUGCUUCUAGCCGAAGAUAAAACCCAGUUGAUUGUGAAAUUCCUGCUAAAAAAGAUAGAAAACAUAAAUUUGCUCCGUUUUGGCUAAAGUUUUGAUGUAACCCCCCUUGUUUGGUAUUACCAACUUGCACUUUCCACGCAUCCCCCUAGGAUUUUGGGGGUGGUUUUUGCCCGGAAAAAUCCAUGAAAGUAACCGUCAAGUACGCCACGCUGGUGAAAAACUGCUAGGAGUGUUAAUUUUCGUUCGGACCAAGAAGAGAACACGGCAUGUCUCUGGAGGAUCCCUUUUUCGUAGUCAAGGACGAGGUAUUCAAAGCUCUGAACAAGACCCGCGGCCUCUAUCUGCGUUGGCGGGAGCUGGGCGAGAACGGCGGAACAGAGGCUGAAUGGACCACCACCGAGCUGCGUAACUCGCUACGGAGCAUCGAGUGGGAUCUCGAGGACCUCGAGGACACUAUCAGCAUUGUUGAGAAGAAUCCGAGCAAGUUUCGGAUCGACAACCGUGAACUCUCCAGCCGGCGCCACUUCAUCGACAACACUCGCGAUGAAGUCAAGCAGAUGAAGGAUAAGAUGAGCCUGAACCGGAGCCGGGACAGAGACAUCACCGCACACCAGCCACUGCUCGACAACGAUCGCCAGAGCCCCAAUCACAAUCAUUCCAUCGCCAUACCCAACUCGAAUUCCAAUUCCAACGAGUACCAUCAGCAUCCGCACAACGAUCGCACGUAUCUGGUGGAGUGUCCCAACGGCAACUCGCUGAUCAAUAGUGGAAGUCAGGCGGUGGCCAAUACCAUAGCAGGAACCAUGUCGGCGGCAGCAGCAGCUGCAUCCCGCCAUAGCGGCACCAAGUACUCCAAACUGGAGAACGCCCUGGACAGUCCCAGUCAUUAUGGGCAGACGCAUCACGGCGGAAUGGACAGUCCGAGUCAUAGAUAUGUGGGCGAGACUGUGUCCAUACAGCAGCGCAUGAUCCAGGGUCAGGAUGAGCAGCUGGACAUGAUCAGUGAUUCGAUUGGAACCCUCAAGACGGUUUCGCGACAAAUUGGCGUGGAGCUCGAUGAGCAGGCGGUGAUGCUGGAUGACUUUGGGAACGAGUUCGAUACCACAGAGUCCAAGUUGGACACGACCAUGAAGAAAGUUGCCAAAGUCUUGCAUAUGAAUAAUGAUAAACGACAGUGGGCCGCCAUUCUUAUCCUAUCCGGGCUGUUAUUAUUUGUGAUAAUUUUGUUUAUUAUUUUGUAAUUGCUUUCGUUUUGUUUCUAAAUCAGUUAUAUUUAGUGUAAAUUAGAUUUAUUUAAAGACUUGGCUUGGUUUUUAAUUCCGGUUCUUAAAUGCAAAUCGUAUAAUGUUUAUUUAGACGAAUUAUCAGCAUAUUCCAAGUAAACUCCCUUGCUGUAUAUACACUUACAAAUUUUAACCAGAUUUAUUACCAGCCCCUAUAUAUAUGUAUAAUGUAAUUCCAAAGCUACGGAGAGAUGAUCAUGUAAAGUCAAUGUAGGCGGGUAAUAAAAGAUAACUAACUACUUAUAUACCAA